GAUACUGACUCGGCUGCGGGCUGUUUCUCCUGCCUGGGCCGAUUCAAUUAGAAACUGUAGACGGACCGCUGAAAUAACCGCAGGGUUGCUUUUGGCCGAAGCUCCAGGGACGAUGUCUUCACGCGCGCCGCUGCAGCCGGGGAACGAAAGGAAUGUAGACCACCAUGCCUCUCUCUCAGCCAGUCGUUCAGAGAAGGGCACGGGAUGGUCGAGUCGCUCACUCGGAGCCCGUUGCCGGAAUUCCAUUGCCUCCUGUUCGGACGAACAGCCUCACAUCGGCAACUACCGGCUGCUCAAGACCAUCGGCAAGGGCAAUUUCGCAAAAGUGAAGUUGGCACGCCAUAUUUUGACCGGCAGGGAGGUUGCCAUAAAAAUCAUUGACAAAACCCAACUCAACCCUACAAGCCUACAGAAGCUCUUUCGAGAGGUACGAAUCAUGAAGGGCCUCAAUCACCCAAACAUAGUUCAGCUCUUUGAAGUGAUCGAGACAGAGAAGACGCUUUACCUUGUGAUGGAAUAUGCCAGUGGUGGUGAAGUAUUUGACUACCUCGUAUCCCACGGGAGAAUGAAGGAAAAGGAGGCGCGUGCUAAAUUCCGGCAGAUCGUGUCUGCAGUUCAUUACUGUCAUCAGAAGAAUAUUGUUCACAGGGACCUGAAGGCGGAAAACCUCCUGCUUGAUGCAGACUCCAAUAUCAAGAUUGCUGACUUUGGCUUCAGUAAUGAAUUUAUGUUGGGCAGUAAACUGGACACGUUCUGCGGCAGCCCCCCUUACGCUGCCCCAGAGCUCUUUCAGGGGAAGAAGUAUGAUGGGCCAGAGGUGGACAUCUGGAGUCUGGGGGUUAUACUGUACACGCUGGUCAGCGGAUCACUGCCCUUUGAUGGACAAAACCUCAAGGAGCUGCGCGAGCGUGUGUUGAGGGGGAAAUACCGUGUGCCAUUCUACAUGUCUACUGACUGUGAGAGCAUCCUGCGCCGGUUCCUCGUGCUCAACCCCACCAAGCGCUGCACCCUGGAGCAAAUCAUGAAGGAUAAGUGGAUGAAUCUCGGGUACGAAAAGGACGAGCUGAAGCCUCAUGUAGAGCCUGUGGAGGAUUAUAAUGACAGCAGCCGUAUAGAUGUGAUGGUAGGAAUGGGUUACUCUCGUGAUGAAAUCAAAGAUGCCUUGAGCACACAGAAGUACAAUGAGAUACUUGCCAUGUAUCUGCUGCUAGGCCGCAAGAACGAGGAUGGCAUUGAGUCACGAUCGAGCAGCAGUUUGUCUCUAGCACGGGUGCGGCCCAGUCCCAUCACGAAUGGCACCAGCAAACACUCCUCCACUUCCUCGUCUAGCUCCACCUCUGCCUCCAGUCACACUAAACCCCAGCGCAGUGCCUCCACCUGCCACCGCCAGAGGAGGCACAGCGACUUCUGUGGGCCGUCGGUGCCAGUAACCCACCCCAAGCGCAGUCCCACCAGUACAGGAGAGGGGGAACUAAAAGAGGAACGUCUGCCCUCGAGGAAGGCCAGCUGCAGUGUGGUGGGCAGUCGUAGCAUCCCCCCGUCGAGCCCCAUGGUCAGCACAGCCAACAACCCCAACAAGGCUGAGAUCCCUGACCGCCGAAAAGACGUCAAUGUAACACCGAACAACACCCCUGUCAGUGCCAUGACCCGUAGGAACACUUAUGUAUGUACGGACCGUACGAGCACUGACAGACACUCCUUACUACAGAACGGGAAAGAGAACAGCUCCUUGUCUCAUCGAUUACCUCCAGCCUCCCCGUCCACCCACAGCAUCUCCGGGGGCGGGGCCUCCAGCUCCACAUCUUCUGAGCGUUCUCGGUUGACGAGGGGCUCCACCAUCCGCAGCACCUUCCACGGGGGCCAGCUCCGUGACCACCGGCCCCCCACCCACGCACCCCCCACCUCACCCACCCUCUCCCAUGAAGCCAGUCCUCUGCCCCACUCCCGUAGCCGUGCCACCUCAAACCUGUUCACUAAGCUGACCUCAAAACUUACCCGCAGGGUCAAUCUUGACCCCUCUAAGCGCCAGAACUCAAACAAGUCCGUCUCGGGCUGCACUCUGCCACAGGGAUCAAAAACAGGUCACAGACGAACCUGAGAGAGUCUGCAGAUCUCCGGUCACAAGGUGAGUGUUUCCAUUAUCUUUUUAAUACACUAAUAUGACUGAAGACGUGACAUAAGCCAUCCAUCCUCCAAUUCUAGACCAUCUUCUUCAUUGCAGAAAACAAGCAAACAAAUCAAACAGAGGAAAAACAGAAAAUAGGUAGAGGAAAAUGAACAAUAAUAUCAUAAACCGAUCAUCUUGAUAGAUAAAUUAAUAUUAUUUGCUCAGUAAAAAAAAAGACUAAAACAUCCUCACACACGACUGUAACUCUCUCUUACUUCUCCUUAGCUACAGAUACAACUACAAAAAGUCAAACUAAAAAAUACAGGUAAUUUCUAGCAUGUGAUCCGUGCCAUGGCAGAUCAGACUGUUCAGAAUGUGACUGCAUUUUGUUAAUUUUAUAGAACUGUGUACUGUGUGCAUCAAAACUAGAUUAGAUUUUGUUUUUAGGUUUUGUUUAGAUCCGUACUUGUCCUUCCCUUUACCCUUUCCAUAUUCUCUGACAGUGGUUGACUUGCAUUUGGAAAGUCACAUUUCAGUUUUUUAACAUGGAUGUUUGAAUGACAUUUUUUAAUUAUUAAUCUCAACAUAUGUUAUUGUUAAAAGCUGCCAAGUGUAUGUACCUUGAAUGCAGUUUACAUUCAGUUGAGAUCUACAUGUAGGAAUAAUGUAUGUUUAUGUAGUGCAUGGCAGGUGAUGUAUGGCUGCACAGGAAUCUGAUCUGAGUUUUAAUUUCAGCAUAAACAUACAAGAUUGCUCUGCCAAUUUUUUUUUGCUUGAUUAUUAUGUUAUUAUAUUUUAUCCCUAUAUUUGUAUGUGGCCAUUUAUUUAAGUAUGGAUGUUUUUAUACACUACUGUUUAAAGGUUUGGGGUCCGUAAGAUAAAAAAAAAACUGACUGUAAAGACAUUUAAAAUGUCUUUAAAAUGUAAUUUUCUAUUUCAAAUAAAUGCUGUUCUUUUGAAUUUUAUAUUUGAUAUAAAUGAAUAUUAUAGUAAUGGCUGCUGAUAAUUCUGCUUUGCCAUCGCAGGAAUAAAUCACAUUAAAUUACAUGUAAAAAGAUUUUUAAUAAUAACAAUAUUAAUGUGCUUUUGAUUAAAUGCAUGCAUUGCAGACCCAACAUUUUUAAAUGGUGGUGUAUUUCUUUGCCGUUUAAAAAACUAAAUUAAUGGCAUUCACAUUUUAUUCAGACCUCCAAAAUGUUCUGCAGCUUUUUUCGAUAGUCACACUGAGUUUAAAUAAUGCUCAGAUUUUUGAAAAUGGUUUUAUUAUCCUGAAGAACUCCAGUGUCUCCUGAAAGGUAACAGGUGUUUAUCUAAACAUUCCUUCUCUUUUUUGAUUGCAGAAGGGUUUCAGACUUUUUUUAGGAUGCUUAUUUCAAACUGUUUAGGAUGAUUUUGUUGGCAACACUUUCCCACAAAGUUCACAUAAACAUGAAAUACAUUACAUAAACCAUCAAAAA